GAAGCCGAUUGGAAGAACGCGUAAGGAAGAGGUCUCGUCGCUCUAAAAUAAAAGCGCUCUUUCAUUAAUCCUUAUGUGCGCUAAGGGUUGGAAUUUCAUUAUUAAGACGAAUAAUGUUAUCAACUUGGAAGAACAACGAACGUUAGUGAUAUAAACAUCAAGUAUGAAAAUUUAAACAUAGAAAUUGUCAACACAAUUUUAACUUUAAUCUCCCCCAAACGGUUGAGAUGAAUUGCGUAAUUUAUUGGAUUUUAUUUUUUGAAUUUCAACCCAGGAAGACAAUUCGGGCGCAGAAAAGUGGACAUUCUAAUUGAUGACGGGGCUUUGUUUUCUUGGAUGCAAUCAAAACAUGUUUUGAUGUUUUGUGAAGCGCAUAUUAGCCUACAGACGGUUUACACACAUUUGGAUCUUUUGAUCGUCAGAGCGGGUGUUGUUUUGAGCUUAGAUCAGCGGAACACGAUCAUAAUUAGACAUUUCAAAUGUGUCAAGAGCGCAAUUUGAGUUAAGAAGUCAUGGCUCGUAUUGAGGCCUUGAAAGGUUUGAUUAACCGUUAUAAAUAAUACAAACCUCAAGUAGGCAAUUUGACGAAAAUAAAAUAAAACUUAAGCAACCUCUGUUAAGUUAUAAAAACAGUUUCAUUUGAUAGCUGUUACAGCCAGAGACCAUAGUAGUUUUUUCAUCAAUACCAUUAGGAGGACUGCUGCGAGCAACACAUCGAUUACCAUAACACGCGCUAGAGCGAUGCUGCUUGAACUGCGUUACGCAUUUUAUGGAUAGAAAGAACUUGUGUAAUCUGUUUUGCCGGAGCAUUCCCAUUCAACAAACUCUACGGAAUAAAGCCCAUGUAAGGAACAGAAAAUAGACGACGCGAAGUCCUUCCUUUCAUUUGACAAAUGGAGCUGCACAAAUAUUUGCUGUCACUCAUGUUGGUAGUUCUCCUCAAAGGGUUGUGUGAGAGUUUCAACAUCGACAUAAAGCGCCCCCGUAUCUUCACCGGUCCAGAAGAGGCCUUAUUUGGUUUUUCUGUACUACAGCAUGAAAACGAGGGAGAGAAAUCUAUGCUGGUUGGUGCUCCUUGGGAUGGCCCGCUCAAUAACAGGAGAGGAGAUGUGUACAAAUGUCUUGUGGAAGAUGAGAGUAACUCCAAUUGCACAAAAGUCAACCUGGGUGAGAGAGCGUUUCACAACAUAUCUAGAAACCUGAAGAACUCCCACCUAGGAAUGACUCUUAGUCCAGACUCACCUGAUGGAUUCCUGGCGUGUGCUCCUCUGUGGUCUCAAGAGUGUGGCACGUCAGUCUUCAGUACCGGAAUCUGUACCUCUGUCAGUGAUGACUUGGAACCCAGAGAGACCAUCGCCCCUACAGCGCAAAGGUGUGCUACAUACAUGGACAUAGUGAUAGUUCUGGAUGGCUCUAACAGUAUCUAUCCCUGGUACCAAGUCCAAAACUUCCUCAGUAACAUCCUCAGCAAGUUCCACAUCAGCCCAGAACAGAUGCAGGUGGGAGUGUUGCAGUAUGGCGAGGUAGCAGUCCAUGAGUGGUCACUGAGAGAUUAUCAGACAACACAGGAGGUGGUCGAAGCAGCCAAGAACAUCAGCCGACAGGAAGGGCGGGAGACACGCACAGCAUACGCCAUCCACAUGGGCUGUACCGAGGCAUUUAGCCCGGAGCGCGGGGCCAGGGAGGGCGCCACCAAGGUCAUGAUCGUGGUGACUGAUGGGGAGUCACAUGAUGGCGAGGAGCUCCCGGAUGCUCUGGAGGAGUGUGAGAAGAGGAACAUCACCAGAUAUGCCAUUGCUGUACUUGGUCAUUACAUCCGCAGACAGCAGGACCCAGAGACGUUCAUCAGUGAGAUCAAGUACAUUGCCAGUGACCCUGACGACAAGUACUUCUUCAACGUGACAGACGAAGCAGCACUCAACGACAUCGUAGACGCACUGGGAGAUCGAAUCUUCAGUCUUGAGGGGACGUUGGCAUAUAACGAAAGCUCCUUUGAAUUUGAGAUGUCCCAGAUCGGCUUCUCUACGCAUGUUCUUGAUGAUGGGAUCCUGUUUGGGAUGGUGGGGGCAUAUGACUGGGAUGGAGGGGUGCUGAAGGAGGGAACUGAGGGGCGCAUCAUGCCUACUCGAGAGGCGUUUGAGUCAGAGUUUCCCCAGGAACUCAAGAAUCAUGCUGCUUAUUUAGGCUACACAGUGUCGUCCGUGAUGGUUGGUGACUGGAGGAGGCUGUAUGUGGCUGGGGCUCCCAGGUUUAAACACAAAGGAAAGGUCAUUCUGUUUGAACUGAGCAACGAUGGAGAUGUCAACAUUGUACAGGCACUGAAUGGAGAACAGAUCGGCUCCUACUAUGGCAGUGAGGUGUGUGGGCUGGAUGUGGACCAGGAUGGCAUCACGGACGUUCUGCUGGUGGCUGCUCCCAUGUACCUGGGCCCCGGGAACAAGGAGGCGGGAAAAGUGUACAUUUACUCACUUAGUGGGGAGGAGUUGUUUGUGUCCAAUGGGACUCUGAAAGCAGAAGAUAGGUCCCAGGAUGCUAGGUUUGGCUACGCCCUGGCUUCUGUCCCGGACCUCAACCAUGACGGCUACACAGAUCUGCUGGUGGGGGCACCCCUGGAGGACGGACACAAGGGGGCUUUAUAUGUCUACCACGGCCUGGGCAUCCACAUCAUCCAUACACACAAACAGCGUAUCGCUGGGUCGUCCCUGUCCCCCUCUCUACAGUACUUUGGGCGCAGUGUGAGCGGCAGACUGGACCUGGAUGGAGAUGAUCUUUUGGACCUGGCAGUGGGAGCCCAGGGCAGCGCUGUCCUCCUCAGUUCUCGUAAUAUUGUCCAGAUCAACGCGAGUCUCUUCUUCCAGCCCCACUCCAUCAAUGUCAUCCAGAAGACGUGUCUUAGGGGAGGGAGGGAGUCUGCCUGUCUCAACGCCACAGUCUGCUUCCUGGCAGUGUCCCGCUCCCCGGGACGCAGCAUCAGCUUUGAGCUGUCGGUGGCGGCCAUGUUGGAUGACAGGAAGUUGUCGGCGAGGGCGUUGUUCGACAACAACAGUCAAAGACAGACACAGCUAGGGGUCAGAGUUCACACUGGAGAGACUGUCUGCCACAACCUGCCCUUCCAUGUUUUUGACACAGCUGACUACAUCCGUCCAAUCAGCUUCUCCCUGCGCUUUAAGAUCAACGAUACAGAGAGUGGCCCGGUACUAGACGAAGGCUGGCCCACCACCGUGAAAAGAUCUAUUGCUUUCUUCAAAGACUGUGGCGAGGAUGAUGUUUGUGUGACUGACCUGGUGCUGCAGGCUCACAUGGACAUUUCUGGAACGAGACAGCAGCCCUAUGUGAUACGUAGUCCACGCAGGCGUCUGUCAGUAGAAGUCCAGCUACAGAACAGACUGGAGAACGCCUACAACACCAGCCUGACACUACACUCCUCACGCAACCUGCACUUCUCUAGUCUCAGCAUACGGGAGGAUGCCCAGUUCAAGAUUGAGUGUACAGCUCUCAGUUCCAACAGUCACUCCUGUAAUGUUAGCUACCCCGUGUUCCGCUCCCACUCCAAGGUGAAGUUCAUGUUGGAGUUUGAGUUCAGCUGUACGUCCCUGCUCAGUAAAGUCCAGAUGAAACUCACAGCUGCCAGUGACAGUGUGGAGAGAGAGGCUACGUUGGGAGACAACAGUGUCCAGCUCCAGACAGUGGUUCAGUAUGAACCAGACCUCUUCAUUACCAGUGAUUCUAAUCUGAACCGUUAUGAAGUCCACCCAACCAGAACUGUAUCAGAGGCCGUAGGACCAGAGUUCUACACACACUUCAGGCUCCAGAACCUGGGCUGUUACAGUGUUAGUCAACUGGAGCUGAGGUUGAGCUUGCCCUCCAUAGCGGCAGGAGACAGAGUCUUCAUGACUGUCACUGACGUCUUCUCUUACAACGUGACAGGGGUGAACUGCAGUGUAGACAGUGACCUGUCCAGGCUCAAGGCCAGACAGAGAGAUGUCCGACCGUUACACCCAGAAGACAUGCAGCAAACUGACCUACUGAACUGCAGUAGGUCGUGGUGCGUGGAGGUAGUGUGUGAAGUACGGCAGCUGCUUCGGGGACAGAGCGCUCUUGUAAGAGUCAGCCGAAGGGUCCACGACAACUUCUUCAGACAGGCUAAGUUUAAGGCGGUCAGUAUAGUGAGUUCCUAUCGUCUGGCUGCUAAGGAAUCUAACCUGGUCUCUCUGGGGAGUGGCGCCAUCUGGAGGGAGACGGUGUUGGAGGUACUUAAGGGCCGGGCUAUCCCCAUCUCUCUAUGGAUUCUGAUUGGUAGUAUCAUCGGAGGCCUUCUGCUAUUGGCACUCAUCAUUUUCGUACUGUGGAAGUUGGGGUUCUUCACUCGCAAACAGAUUAAGGAGGAGGAGCAUGAGGACUGAGCCUGCCCGUUGCCAUGUCGCUGAAUGUUUACAGUAUGUGUGACAACCAGAGAACCACUUCCUGCCCAUGCCCACAGCAACAAUGUGCACAGAGACUGCCCCCCCCCC